AUGAAAAACUCAAACGAGGAUUCAAAUAAUACCGUUCAUAAACCUCCAAAGGCGGUAAAUUUCAAUAACAAUAGAAUCAAUAAGGCAAAUACAAGUUUUAAGCAAAAUUUUCAAAAUUCUUCAUAUAAUAAACCAAAUAAUACAACAUAUCAAUAUAUGAAUAAAAAUUAUGCAAAGGCUAAUUAUUCUAAUACAAAUUCUACGAAUUCAAACUACUCCCAAAUGAAUUUUAACAAUGCAAAUUUCCCAAAUAAUUAUAGUAAAAAUUGUAACUACAAUUAUAUGAAUUAUUCAAAUAUCAAUAAUAAUAAUAAUAAUAAUAAUAAUAAUAUAAAAAACUCAGCAAGUUAUGUAAAUGCACAUAUAAAUAGCAAUAUGAAUAGUAAUUUGAAUAUUCACGUGAAUAAUAAUUUAAAUAAUAAUGUUAACAAUCAUAAUAAUAAUAUAAAUAACAGUUUAAGCAAUAAUAAUAUGAACUUUCAUAUUAAUAGUAUGAAUAAUAAUAUAAAUAAUAAUAUGAGUAUUCAUGUAAACAAUACGAAUAAUUUAAAUAAUAAUAUGAAUAGUAAUUUAAGUAAUAAUGUGAACAAUAAUGUUAAUUCAUUGAAUACCAAUAUAAAUAGUAAUAUUAUGAACAGUCACGUAAAUAAUAUUAAUAAUUUAAAUAAUAAUAUGAACAAUCCCAUAAAUAACGUGAAUAAUCAUUUAAAUAAUAUGAAUAAUACUAAUGUAACUAAUAAUAUUUAUAUGAAUAAAAAUUAUAAUAUUCCAAAAGUUCCUUACAUUAAUUAUGCAAAUAAUAAUAUAACAAGUUUUAGUAAAAAUAAUAAUUCCAAUCCGUCUAAUAUUAAUUCUAUUUCUUUAAAAAAUAAUCAUAGUAAUAGUACAAGUUUGUACAUGAAUAAUAAUUUUAUUGAUAAUUUGACAACAUUAAAUUAUAAUAAUGAUAAAUGUAGCUAUGCACAAAAUUCGAAUACUAUAAAUAAUACAAGCAAUAAUAAUAUAUACUCCACAGUAGAUAAUAAUAAUGUUGAAAUACAAAGUAAUUAUUCUUACGAUAAUAAUUUUAAAAAUACAAAUGUAAAUAUUAAUGAAAAUGAAAAAUUCAAUAAAAAUUCAAAUAUAUCUAAUAUUUUCAUUGAGGAUGGAAAAAACAUGAAUACAAAUAACGGUAGUAAUAAUUGCAAUAGUGAAUUAUCAGAUUUUAAUAAAAAUAAUUAUUCCAAUAUCAAUUAUAAAAGUAGCAAUGUAAUAAAGAAUAACAAUUCUAUGAACACAAAAAUUAAUGAUUUAAACCAGAAAAUACUAAAUAAAAGUUAUUCUCUGGUUUCUCUACAAAAUCAAGCAAAUAAUAAUAGUAUUCAAAAUAACACGUUUAAUUCAAAUAUAAUGAAAAAUAAUAUGUAUAUGAAUAAAAGUAGUACGGCAAAUUCUAAACCUACAUAUAACAAUAUAAAUAAUGGAAUUUCUAAUAAUAUAAAUAACAACUUCAAUUCUCACAAAAAUAGCCAUAUUAAUUUUUCUCCUAUUAAUACAAAUGAAAAAGACAAUGCUAAAUUCGAGAAAAAAAAUUUAAUUAAUAUAGAAAAUACUAAAGAUACAAAGAAAAAUGAUCGCAAUUAUCAAGAAAACUCUACUAAUAUAAAACAAAAUUCUUAUCACAAUAACAAUUAUCAGAAUGAAAAUAAUAGCAAUAAUUAUGAACAUAAUAACAGCAAAAUACAUUCUAAUGCAAAUGUAAAGAAAAAUGAAAAUAAAAAUAAUCUUUGUAAUAUAAAUGUAGAUGGGAGGGAAAGAUUACAAAAUGAUUAUAAUCAAAAUUUUGUGAAUACAGGAGAACGACCACAAAAUUUUAUAAGAGACAGUGAUGAAAAUAAAAGAUUUAUUAAAUACCCUAAAUUGAAACAGUUAUUAGAGUUAAAAAAUGUAAUCAUAAAAAAAAGAUCGACACCAGCUAGAUAUAUUAAUUGCGAUUUAAGAACAUUUGAUUUAGGAAGUUUAGAUACAAAGUUUGAUGUUAUAUUAAUUGAUCCUCCAUGGAAAGAAUAUUAUGAUAGAAAAAUUCAUAAUUUAGAUCUAUUAAAUAAUAUAAAUAUUGAUAAUUAUGAUUUAAAUCAAGAUAUAAAUAAUGAAAAAGAUAAAUAUUGGUCUCUAGAAGAAAUAGCAAAUUUAGAAAUUGAAAAAAUUGCUGAAAUUCCAUCUUUUAUUUUUAUAUGGUGUGGAGUAACUCAUUUAGAAGAUGCACGAUUUUUGCUAAAUAAAUGGGGAUAUCGUAGAUGUGAAGAUAUAUGUUGGUUAAAAACUAAUAUAAACGAAAAAAAUAAAAGAAUAAAAUAUUUGAAUGAAAUAAAUAAUGAAAAUUCUUAUUUGCAAAGAACAACUGAACACUGCCUGGUUGGUAUAAAAGGGGCGGUAAGAAGAUCUUAUGAUAUUCAUUUAAUUCAUGCUAAUUUAGAUACUGACGUAAUAAUAGCUGAGGAAACAGAUGAAAAUAUAUAUGAUAACAAUAAACCAGAAGAACUCUAUAAGAUUAUUGAAAAAUUUUGCUUAGGUAGAAGAAAAAUUGAACUUUUUGGAACAAAUAGAAAUAUAAGAAAUGGAUGGUUAACAUUAGGAAAAAAUAUUGAUACCACUUUAUUUAAUAAAGAAGAAUACAUAAGUUGGUUUGAAGGAGAUAUAGCAUGGCCAGAAGCAACUUCUUAUAUUGGAGGAAAAUAUAUGGGAACAACAAAUGAAAUAGAAAAUUUACGCCCUAAAUCACCCCCAAGAAAUAUAAAUACAUAA